AAAAGUUUAAAUAUCCCCACAGUAAAAUUGUAGGCAUCGACCUACUAUAGGCUUCUUUGUUCAAUAAUUAUGAUCAGAGACAGACGAAAAUGACAACAUGCACUGGCGGACUUAUCUGCACUAUUUUCUCCUUUUGGUGGAAGCAUCUGUUUUCUCCCUGAAGUUAGGAAUACUUGUCUACGCGGCGAACAUGGUAUUUGUAUUGACAUAUAACUCGCCAUGCUCGGACGAAGAAGCCCUCAAAACAAUACAUAAACUGUGUCUGGAUGCUCUGAAUAAAAAAGCCUUCGGGAAUUUAUGUUUACCCCUCUGCGAGUCGCUAGAUCUUCAAUACAGUUUUUGUACAAAUGGUGGAGAAAAAGAUGUGUUCUUCAUGUCGUGGGACAAUUCAAUCACACCUUCACCCGCUCAACUUGUCAUGAAAAGAACAAGAUUUACAGACCAAAUAGUAAACAACUUAUAUUCCACUAAAAGAGACGACUUUGUAAAUGUUUUUCUGACAGAAUUGAAAACUCUAGUAAAUAGGCAUACUAAAAGCAAAUAUAUUGGCAAUAUGAAAGACUUGCUGCAACUAUUUUGGACCAUUGAAGAAGAUAAGCACUUGAAACAUGAAAACGUAGACUUCCUAAGAAAUGUAAUUGGACUUGCAUUUCAAAGUGAAUACAUGUUUAUGUUACUUCAUCCAAUAGGCAAUAUUGCACCGUCACUCCGUGGGUCUUGUGGACAGUUUUAUUUCAUGGAACAUGUACCCCUUCGCCUGAGUGACGUAGCGAUCACGUGGUCAUCACAGGUCUCUAUCGCUGUAAAACUGCUAGAUCUCGUUCAACAGAUGGAAGAUGCUUAUUUUGAGAGACUCCACAUGUGUGACGUAAAAGCGGACAACUUUGGCCUGGACGACAAUAAUCACCUAAAACUUUUAGAUAUCGAUUCCCUUCACUUUCAUUCAGCUCUAGUACGCAAAAUGUCGGACCAACAUUGCUUACAUGACAGAGAUUGUCAAGUGUGGAAUUGCCGAGGACUGUGCAAUAUGACGUCCCAAAAAUGUCGUCCACUCCGAUUCAACAGUAAUCUACAGAAUGUCUGUGAGGAAAUAUUCCUUGGCGCCGAUUCCUACGACGGCUUAUUAAGUAAUCCACCUAGUUCUGUUGGUGACGAUCUGAGAGAAAUUCUCCACAGCUGUGUUGUCUCAAAUCACAUAUCUGAUGUUGACCAAGACUUCACAUCACAAGAGAUGAAAAUUAUAGACCUACUUAAAACUAUUUUGAAAAAAAAAACUACCUCUUCCAUAAGGUAAUUAAGAAAUAAAGACCGCGUUUUCGUGUAUAUUGCAGGAUAACCUCCAAGGUUGAGAAAUGUUGUUUUGAAAAUAUAAAAGCCGAGGCUUUUAUAUUUCGAACAUUUUGAGACCGAGGUAAUUUACUUCGGCCCAGAAAUAUACAGCCAAUCGUUUACCUAUACAGCUACUAAUUAGGACACCUUGACGUCAUGACAUUUUCCGAAGCGGACUGUAUGCUGACAAAAUGGAUGAGAUCGUAGGGUAUAUAUAUAUAUUGAAAAAAAUAUUUCAAGUAUUUAGCUUGAUGUUGACGGAUUAUAUCAACUGCUUUGAAUACACAGUACAAGAAAACUAUGUGUGCAUCGACAUGUUUACAUGUGUAUCGAUCUCGGAAUGCAGACGAUUUAUUUAUGACAAAUGUUCUUCAGUCAUUUAUAAAUUUGUUUUGCAACAUAUAUUGAUUAUAAAAUUUAAUUUUCAGUUA